AUGUCCUCAAACUUCAUCAAAAUCUCCAAAAGCAUAAGACUUCCCACAAAUUCCGCAAUACAACAGAAAAUUCAUCUCUUGUAUGAAUUCAUCCAAAAUUUCUUCUUUGUUUUUAUCGAUCUUAUCUAUAAUUUUGACACAAUAAACCAAUGAAAUAAUUGUCUAGGUUCUUUGCAUCUAUUAUUCGCUUUUUCUUUAAUCAUAACUCCUAACGCUACUGUGAAGUGCAGCAACAAUAAUAAGUUUCAAAUUCUAUUAUCGUUUUCAUUUUAUAUCAUCUUUAUACAACUAAUAAAACUUUCUUUUGCCUAA